CAAUGUCAGUGAUUCUGCUAAAAAAAUAUCACUCUCAGAGGCUCGCCGAGUGCGGUCACCGCAUCCAAAACCAGAAGCCAGCGAACGCCGCUUGCUGCCACCAAAGGCCGUCACUCCGUCAGGUCGAGACUCUGCCACCAAAGCAUCGGAUAAGGGCACGGGGGGGUCCCCAUGAGCGGCAGCGACGCCGCGGCCUCCGCGCAGGCGGACGCCGCCGCCAUCUGCGCCCAGGUCGCCGCCGUCUUCUCCGCGCCCUCGGCGCACCCGCCAGCACGUUCCGUCCUGGUUUCCGAGCUCGCGGCCGCGGCGGCCCGGGGCGGGCGCGUGUUCGUGCACGGCGUCGGGCGGGAGGGGCUCAUGAUGCGCGCCCUCUGCAUGCGCCUCGCGCACCUGGGGCUCCCCGCGCACUGCGUCGGCGAUGUCACGGCGCCACCUGCCGGCGGGGGCGACCUCCUCGUGGCCUCAGCGGGGCCCGGCGCGUUCUCCACCGUCGACGCCAUCUGCGGCGUGGCGCGCGGCGCCGGCGCCCGCGUCCUGCUGCUCACGGCCCGCCCCGAGGGGGAAUUCCCGCGGCGCCAGGCGGACGUCGUGGCGCACCUCCCCGCGCAGACCAUGGCGGACGAGGAGGAGGCGGCGGCGGAGAGCGCGCCGUCGCGGGCGAAGCUGCCGAUGGGGAGCCUGUACGAGGGAGCCAUGUUCGUGCUGUUCGAGAUGGUGGUGCUGGAGCUCGCGCGCGUCUUGGGCCAGAGCCCGGCCCAGAUGAGGGCCCGCCACACGAACCUGGAGUAGUGUGUGUCCACUGUUCGGCCCAGCUCUGUCAUCUACUGUGCAGUGAUGAACUGAUGAUGCUAAAAAAACUACUGUGUAGUGAUGAACUGACUGAUGUUCAUCAUUUUUUUUUUUGAAGAAAGACUGAUGUUCAUCACCGUGUUGGUGGUUGAACGACAACAGUUACGAGCGAUUACCGAAUGAUAGUGUACAAUACUGGUUUAGACGUUCGUUAGCGUGUGCAAAGGCUAUACUCGUACACAUCGUUCUGUAAUGCAUUUUUUUUCUCGAAAAGAUUCUGUAAUGCAUUUUUGCAGUGCUGAAUUUGAUUUCGUC